AUGCCACGCUCGGGGGCACGUCUGCGCAAUGCGUGGGUGCGCGUCUUCGUCGUCGCGUUCGCAGCCGCAUCGUGCGCGCGAGCGGAGGAGUCGACAGAGACGGAAGAACCGAGACUCAUCGGUUGGUUGGGUGAGGUCGCUCGACCGCCCGCGCCGAGCGCCACCGGCGAUGGCGCGACGAAUAGCUCGAUCGAGGAUGCGUUGCUGUCUUCAUCCAGCGAGAGCGCGGUGAAAGGGGCGAGCGAGAUUGGGGCGAAGGCGAGAGGGACGUGGACGACGCUGAGCUGGUCGCCGCGCGCGUUUCUGUACCAAAACUUCUUGACGGAGGACGAGUGCGAGCACCUGAUCGCGCUGGGGGAGAAGAAGUUGGAGCGAUCGACCGUGGUAGGAAGUAAGGGAAAAGAGGGCGACGUGCACAGCGCGCGGACGUCGUUCGGGACGUUCAUCACGAGACGUCUGACGCCAACGUUGAGCGCGGUGGAGGAUCGAGUCGCCGAGUACAGCGGGAUUCCGUGGAGACAUCAAGAGCAGUUACAGCUGUUGCGGUACGAGAAGGGUCAGGAAUACGUCGCGCAUCACGAUGGAAUCGUGAGCAAGGGGAACGGUGAGAAGCGUAUCGCGACGGUUCUGAUGUUCCUGCGUGAGCCUGAGUUUGGUGGAGAGACGCAUUUCCCAGAUGCGACGCCGCUUCCGGCGACGAGGUCAGAAUUCCUCGGUAGUAGAGCGAAGCUCAGCGAUUGCGGAUGGAAUGAAGGUCGAGGUUUCAGCGUGAUUCCGCGAAAGGGCGACGCUAUCCUAUUCUUUUCUCACCAUAUAAACGGCACGAGUGAUGACGCAGCGAGUCACGCUUCAUGUCCGACGCUUCGUGGAAUCAAGUACACUGCAACAAAAUGGAUUCACGAGAAGGAGUUCGACACGACGACGUUCGAAACGCCGAUGUGCGAAGAUAAAGAGGACAUGUGUGAUCAAUGGGCGAACAGCGGUGAAUGCGAAAAGAAUCCCGUCUUCAUGAUGGGAAUCGAAACUGUUGGCUCGUGCUCGAAGAGUUGUUGCGCACGAGAUCGGUCUCGACUCAGCGACAUCCAGAAGAGGUUCUGUGAGCCAUGCGAUGAGAAGAUGUGA